CUGGGACACGUGGCCUCAGAGCUACAGGAGGCCUACGGCGGUGGAUGCUCCAGCCUUGCGUCCACCCAGCAGCUCCUCAGAUCCAGUCUUCCUCGCGCCGACCCUGAGCCCAGGACCCCUCGCCCUCCCCAGCGGCACCUCCCGGUCGGCGCUCGCCCGGCUCCCGCCGCUAUGAGCGUGGGUUUCAUCGGUGCGGGCCAGCUGGCCUGCGCGCUGGCUCGGGGCUUUACGGCCGCAGGCAUCCUGUCGGCUCACAAGAUAAUAGCCAGUUCCCCGGAAAUGGACCUGCCCACGGUGUCUGCGCUCAGGAAGAUGGGUGUGAACCUGACCCGAAGCAACAAGGACACUGUGCGGCACAGCGAUGUCUUGUUCCUGGCUGUGAAGCCUCAUAUCAUCCCCUUUAUCCUGGAUGAGAUUGGAGCUGAUGUGCAGGAGAGGCACAUUGUGGUCUCCUGUGCAGCCGGUGUCACCAUCAGCUCUGUAGAGAAGAAACUGAUGGCCUUCCAGCCAGCCCCCAAAGUGAUCCGAUGCAUGACAAACACACCUGUGGUGGUACGAGAAGGCGCCACUGUGUAUGCCACUGGCACCCAUGCCCUGGUAGAGGAUGGGCAGCUUCUGGAGCAGCUCAUGAGCAGCGUGGGCUUCUGUACAGAGGUGGAGGAGGACCUCAUUGAUGCCAUCACUGGGCUCAGUGGCAGUGGGCCUGCCUAUGCAUUUAUGGCUCUGGAUGCCCUGGCUGACGGUGGGGUGAAGAUGGGUGUGCCACGGCGUCUGGCAGUUCGACUAGGAGCUCAGGCCUUGCUGGGAGCUGCUAAGAUGCUGCUGGACUCAGAGGACCAUCCAGGCCAGCUCAAAGACAACGUCUGUUCUCCGGGAGGAGCUACUAUCCAUGCCCUGCACUUCCUAGAGAGUGGGGGCUUCCGCUCUCUGCUCAUAAAUGCAGUUGAAGCGUCCUGUAUCCGAACAAGAGAGUUGCAGUCCAUGGCUGAUCAAGAAAAGGUCUCCCCUGCUGCCCUUAAGAAGACUCUUCUGGACAGAGUGAAGAUGGAGUCUCCCACGGUGUCCACACUCGCCCCACCCAGUCCAGGAACGCUCCUCACAAGAAACCCAGCCCUGGGAAGCAAGAAGGACUGAGGAUCCUCUGCCUCCUUUCAACACCCAGAGCCAUUGGUUAAGGGGCUUUGGUCCCCUCUCCCCAGCAGUGCAGGGUGGGGCAGGCUCAAGUUAGCUCCAGGUUCUGAGGAUGAAAACUGCUUAGAUCUGUUCACACUAGGUAGCGCUAGGUCCCUCUCUUGUCCCAUGUUGAAA